AUGAUGGCCUAUGGAGAGAGGCUGGGGAGCCCAGCUGUCUCCCCACUCCCGGUCCGAGGGGGACACAUGAUGCAUGGGACGGCCUUUGCCUAUGUGCCCAGCCCUCAGGUCCUGCACAGGAUCCCAGGGACCUCCGCCUAUGCCUUCCCCAGCCUGGGCCCUGUGGCCCUUACUGAGCACAGCUGCCCCCGUGGGGAGGUUCUGGAGUGCCAUGACCCGCUGCCUGCCAAGCUGGCCCUGGAGGAGGAACGGAAGCCAGAGCCUGAGCUGGCCCAGAAGCUGCGCCGGGCUGGCAUGACACUACUCAAGGUGCCUCUGAUGCUCGCCUUUCUCUACCUCUUCGUCUGCUCCCUGGACGUGCUCAGCUCUGCCUUCCAACUGGCUGGAGGGAAGGUGGCUGGUGACAUCUUCAAGGACAAUGCCAUCCUGUCCAAUCCAGUGGCAGGGCUGGUGGUGGGGAUCCUGGUGACCGUGCUGGUGCAGAGCUCCAGCACCUCCACGUCCAUCAUUGUCAGCAUGGUCUCCUCUGGCUUGCUUGAGGUGAGCUCUGCUAUCCCCAUCAUCAUGGGCUCCAACAUUGGCACCUCUGUCACCAACACCAUCGUGGCCUUGAUGCAGGCGGGGGACAGGACUGACUUCCGGCGGGCCUUCGCAGGGGCCACGGUGCACGACUGCUUUAAUUGGCUGUCAGUUCUGGUCCUGCUGCCUCUGGAGGCUGCCACUGGGUACCUGCACCAUGUCACUGGACUGGUGGUUGCCUCCUUCAACAUCCGUGGGGGCCGUGAUGCCCCUGACCUGCUCAAGAUCAUCACAGAGCCCUUCACCAAGCUCAUAGUCCAGCUGGACAAAUCUGUGAUUACCAGCAUUGCUACUGGUGACGAGUCCCUGAGAAACCAUAGUCUCAUCCGGAUCUGGUGCGGCCCAGACCCCACGGAGGCUCCCACCCCCAUGUCCAGGGCAGAGGUCAAUACCAGCUGGACCACUGGAAAUGCCACCAUGGAGAAAUGCAACCACAUCUUCGUGGACACAGGGCUCCCCGACCUGGCUGUGGGGCUCGUUCUGCUGGCCGGCUCCCUGGUGGUCUUAUGCACCUGCCUCAUCCUCCUCGUCAAGAUGCUCAACUCUCUGCUUAAGGGCCAAGUGGCCAAAGUCAUUCAGAAGGUUAUCAACACUGACUUUCCUGCCCCCUUCACCUGGGCCACAGGCUACUUUGCCAUGGUGGUGGGAGCUGGCAUGACCUUCGUUGUCCAGAGCAGUUCUGUGUUCACCUCAGCCAUCACCCCCCUCAUCGGCUUGGGUGUGAUCAGCAUCGAGCGGGCCUACCCCCUCACACUGGGCUCCAACAUUGGCACUACCACCACGGCCAUCCUGGCUGCACUGGCCAGCCCCAAGGAGAAGCUCUCCAGCGCUUUCCAGAUUGCCCUCUGCCACUUCUUCUUCAACAUCUCGGGCAUCCUGCUAUGGUACCCAGUGCCCUGCACGCGCCUGCCAAUCCGCAUGGCCAAGGCGUUGGGCAAACGCACUGCCAAGUACCGCUGGUUCGCUGUCCUCUACCUCCUCCUGUGCUUCUUGCUCCUGCCCUCCCUGGUGUUUGGCAUCUCCAUGGCAGGCUGGCGGGCCAUGGCAGGGGUGGGCGCACCAUUUGGGGCCUUGCUGGCCUUUGUGGUGCUUGUCAAUGUCCUGCAGAAUCGCAGCCCCAGACACCUGCCCAAGUGGCUGCAGACAUGGGACUUCCUGCCCCGUUGGAUGCACUCCUUGAAACCCCUGGACCGUCUCAUCACCCGUGCCACUUUGUGCUGUGCCAGGCCUGAGCCCUGCUCACCCCCGCUGCCCGCCAGGGUCUUCCUGGAGGAGCUGCCCCCUGCCACACCCUCCCCCCGCCUGGCACUGCCUGCUCGACACAAUGCCACCCGCCUCUAG